CCCCCGUUGCCCCUAGCGGCUGUUUGUUGACUUCCGGGAACGCGGGUGUAGUUGAUGCCCCUAGAGUCGCCAUGGGGGCCCAGUGGGCUUCCGGGGCCCGCGUCAGGGCUGAGGCGCUGCCAUAGGCCCCACCGAGUCGCCCCCACCGCUUUCCGGGCCCAGGCGCAGGAUCCUGAUAGCGCCCUCGUCAUGGGGGAACCUGAGGAGAUGGUGCCCGAAUCAGGUGCUGUGUUUACGUUUGGAAAAACUAAAUUUGCCGAAAACAUUGCUAGCAAAUUCUGGUUUAAAAAUGAUAUACCUGUAUCUCUUUCCUGUGGAGAUGAACAUACUGCUAUUAUUACAGGAAAUAAUAAACUUUUCAUGUUUGGCAGUAACAACUGGGGCCAGUUAGGAUUAGGAUCAAAAUCAACUGUUGACAAGCCAACAUGUGUCAAAGCUUUAAAACCAGAAAAAGUGAAAUUUGCUGCCUGUGGAAGAAACCAUACCCUAAUUUCAACAGAAGGAGGCAAAGUAUAUGCAGCUGGAGGAAAUAAUGAAGGACAGCUGGGACUUGGUGACACUGAAGAGAGAAACACUUUUCAUGUAAUUAAUUUUUUUACAUCCCAGCAUAAGAUUAAACAACUCUCUGCUGGGUCUAACACUUCAGCUGCACUGACUGAGGACGGAGAGCUUUUUAUGUGGGGUGACAAUUCUGAAGGGCAAAUUGGUUUACAAAAUAUGACUAGUAUAUGUGUUCCUCAUCAAGUGACCAUUGGAAAACCUAUCUCCUGGAUCUCUUGUGGAUAUUACCAUUCAGCUUUUGUAACAACAGAGGGAGAACUGUACACCUUUGGCGAACCAGAGUGUGGCAAGUUAGGUCUUCCCAGAAAGCUGCUCGUCAAUCACAGAGUGCCCCAGCUGGUGCCAGGGAUUCCUGAGAAGGUGAUCCAAGUAGCUUGUGGCGGUGGGCACACGGUUGCCCUCACAGAGAACGCUGUGUAUGUCUUUGGGCUGGGACAGUUUGGUCAACUGGGUCUUGGUACUUUUAUUUUUGAAACUUCAGAACCCAAAGUCAUUGAUAAUAUUAAGGAUCAGAAAAUAAGUUACAUUUCCUGUGGAGAAAAUCACACAGCUUUGAUAACAGAUUUAGGCCUUAUGUAUACUUUUGGAGAUGGUCGACAUGGAAAAUUAGGACUUGGACUGGAGAAUUUUACCAAUCAGUUCAUUCCCACUUUGUGUUCUAAUUUUUUGAGGUUUAUAGUUCAGUUGGUUGCCUGUGGUGGAUGUCACAUGCUCGUUUUUGCCACUCCACGUCUUGACAUGGCAGAUAACACUGAGCUGGAUGAAAUAAAUGAUUGUUGCUCAGCCUCAGCAACAUCUCUGCCCAUCAGUGAUCUGAACUCAGGAAAUGUGCUGCAUAGAUCUUUAUCCGCACGUGUGCGUCGAAGAGAGCGGGAGAAAUCCCCAGACUCCAUUCGAAUGACGGAAACACUACCUCCAAUUGAAGGGACUCUCGCUCCACCCGUUAGCUUUUCUACUCCUUCCGUUCCUUUCUGUAUGUCCACAACUAAUCUGCUAGAGAAAAUGAUGCCUGAAAAGAAGGACCCCACAGAGCCCAUGGAACCAGAUUAUUUUCAACAUAAAAUGACCGAAGAGAAAGAGACAGAUAAUUUUUCAGCAGAGGAUUCAGAAAGCCUUGGGAAAACUACUGAUGUCUUAAAUAUGACACAUAUGAUGAACCUGAAUUCCAAUGAAAAAUUUAAAUUAUCGCCAAUUCAAAAACAAAAGAACCAAGAAACAAUUGAGAAGCUGACGCAGCAUACAGCUUAUACUGAAAAUGUUGGUAGUAAUGAAUGUGAAAGUGAAGAGAUAUCCCCAAAAAUGAACGAAGGGAGAGCAUAUAAACAACUUUUGGCACAAGGAGUGUACGUGAUGCAAGCAGCUAUGACUAUGGAUGCAUUUGCAGAUGAGGACGUAGAGAUCCCAGAGGAGCAGGAAGAAGAAGCUGACUUGGAAGGAAAUGGAGUAGAGGAGCAAGAGAGAGAGGCAAAUGAGGAGGAGGAAGCAGAGCUCCUGUCAGAUGACCUUUCAGACAGACCAGAGGUGAGUGAAGACGAGGGAAAGCCAGGGGGAGAGACAGAGCUCUCGCCUGAAGGUGAAGGUGAGGGAAUCAGGAAGGAGGGUAAUUCAGGAGUAGAAGUGAGGCGAAGUGAGGAGGGGGAGGAGGAGAAAGGCAAAGGAGAAGAAGAAACAGAGAGGCUGGGUAGUGGAGAGAAAGACCUAGAAGAGGAGAAGGAACGGGAGCAAAAGGAGAGGGAACAAGGCCGUCAGAAGGAAAGAAACAAAGGGAUGAAAGAAGGGGAAGAGGAGGAGCAAGGAAGGGACAGAAGAGAAGAAGAAGAAGGCGGGGAGGAAGAGGAGGGAGAAGGUGAAGAAGAGGAGGAGGAGGGGGAGGAAGAGCAGGAGGGGGAGGGCGAGGAGGUAGAAGAGGGGGAGGAGCGGGAAGGAGAGGGAGGAGAAGAGGAAGGACAUGGGGAAGGGCAGGAAGGAGAGGGGGGAGAAGAGGAAGGAGAUGGGGAGGGACAGGAAGGAGAGGAGGGAGAAGAGGAAGGAGAUGGGGAGGGGCAGGAAGGGGAGGGGGGAGAGGAGGAGGGAGAUGGGGAGGGGCAGGAAGGAGAGGGGGAAGAAGAGGAAGGAGAUGGGGAGGGGCAGGAAGGAGAGGGGGAAGAAGAGGAAGGAGAUGGGGAGAGGCAGGAGGGAGAGGGGGGAGAAGAGGAAGGAGAUGGGGAGGGGCAGGAAGGAGAGGAGGAAGAGGAGGAAGGAGAUGGGGAGGGGCAGGAAGGAGAGGGAGAAGGGGAAGAAGAAGAGGAGGAAAGAGAUGAGGGGCAGGAAGGAGAGGAGGAAGGAGAAGGAGAUGGGGAGGGGCAGGAAGGGGAGGGGGGAGAGGAGGAGGGAGAUGGGGAGGGGCAGGAAGGGGAGGGGGGAGAGGAGGAAGAAAAUGGGGAGGGGCAGGAAGGAGAGGGAGAAGAGGAAGAAGAAGAGGGGGAAAGAGAUGAGGGGCAGGAAGGAGAGGAGGAAGAGGAGGAAGGAGAUGGGGAGGGGCAGGAAGAGGAGGGGGAAGAAGAAGAGGGAGGGGAGGAAGGGCAGGAAGGAGAGGGGGAGGAGGAGGAAGGAGAUGGGGGAGGAGAGGAAGAGGAGGAACAAGAAGGAGAGGAAGAAGGAGGAGAAGAAGAAGGAGGACAGGAGGAAGAAGAAGAGGGAGGAGAAGAGGAAGAGGGUGAAGGAGAGGAGGAAGAACAGGGGGGAGGAGAAGAAGGAGAAGGGGAGGGGGAAGGAGAAGAGGAAGAAGGAGAGGGGGAGGAGGAGGAAGGGGAGGGGGGAGGCAGGGCAAGGGAAAAGGAGAGGGAUGUAGGGGAGAGGAAAGAGGAAGAAAAGAGGAGAGAAGAGGAGGAGGAAGAGGAGGAGGAGGAUAAGGACGAGACCGGGAAGUACCAGGAGACAGGCAAUGCAGAAGGUGAAAGGCAGGGAGGUCAGGGUGGAGGAAGAGAAUCCAAAAAAGCGAGCAAAAUCAGAGAAUCUGCGAAAUAUGACAAAGGCAAAACAUAUUCAAAAAAGCGUAUUUCUAAUAGAGAGGGAAAGGGCAAAGAGCAUCAAGCGCAGAGGCUCCAAAGGCCAGUGCAGGCCAAACAGCUUUUAGAAAAUGGGCCGCCAGGUUCCAAAAAAUUCUGGAAUAAUGUAUUACCACAUUAUUUGGAAUUGAAGUAACAACCUUUAAAUUUGACAUGAUUGUGUCCAGCCAAACACUGUGAACACCUUAUGUGUAAUAGGCACUCAUUCUGUUAAAUCAAUUGUAUGUCACAGUUACUUUACAUGUGGUACAGUAACAACCGAUAAACGAUAACUUGAGGCACUGGUAAAUUUUGGCUCCUCUUAAACUAAUAUUUUAGUGUAUUUUCCCCGAUAUUAUAACUAUAUAACUAGAAAAUAUCAAAAGGUCAUAGCAUCUAGUGUUAUAAUUCCUCAUUAAGGACCUCCUCAUUAGGAAACAGGAGUCUAUUGUAAAAGUACUUUGUGUGUGCGAAUAAGUCCCUUUAAAAAUGGCAUAGAUCUUUAGGGUUAUGAAAACAUCUAAUUUCUUAUAUGUUAGCCUACUUUUUUCAGUCUGUGAUUACAAUUUGCCUAUUGCAUAGAAUAAUUUUAUAAUAAUGGGUGGUAUUCUAAGGCUAAAAUGAGGAAGUCACGUUUUUUAAAAAUACUACUUUUUACCUUUUAUGUGUCUUUUUUGCAACAAUCUACAAAGUGAUACCUCUUUUAGUUACUGUUUGGUAAAUGACAGAAUAUCUAAUGAAAAUGAAGAUAAAUGUACAUUGUAGAAUUAAGAAAAACUAAAUAUUGGCCAGGCAGAGCUACUCAUUGGGCCUCAGUUUCCUCAUCUGUACAAUGGAAUAGAUUAGAUGUUAUGAUAACUAUAGCCCUUUGUAAUAACUCUUAGAUUCCAACGUGUUUGCUAUUUGCAUGAGAAAAAAAUUUUAAGGAAGAAAAAUUAUACGUUACAUUUAAUCUAGUUUUCUGUAAAACAUUCCUUGCUCUUACAGAGUUAUGACAGCUUUAAUGUCUCUUGUCUUCUGUAAUUCUGUAUUUCUGAACUCCCAUAAUUUCUGAGCUUUCCCUCUACUGCCAGACUGUCAUUCUUAGUACUGUCAUUCCCAGUGUCUGUUUCGUACCUUCAGUGUAUUCAUUCACUCUUCUGUAAUUCUCUGUUUGCUGCUUGUCACAAUGCUUCAAGUAAAAUAAAAAAUUAAAUGUUUACAAUCAGUAGUUGUUUGUGAAAAGAAAAACUAAACUGAAUUUUAGAAAGGCUAGAUUUCCAGGAGAGUAAUUCUGUUGUAUACAAUGCAGCGAGUUUGAUUGGCCAUUAUUCAUAGCUUUCCUUUCCCAGUCCCUUCUACAUCUUGGACACAAGGGAUCUCUUAUAUUUCAUUUUAUCAGGGAGGAUUUUGAUGGUAAACUUCCUGGAACUUUUGUGUAGUUGAAUUCUUUGCACGUUUGAUUUUCCAUGAAUGAGAAUAUGAGGAGAAGGACUAGGAUAGUAAGUGAAGACAUUCCGAGGAGCAGUUAUAAAUCUUGUCUUAGCUGCAAGGCUCUUGAGUAGCUUCCCCUGGCUAGCCAAAUAUGCUGAUUUGCAUUGCGGUGUUCUACCAAAUUCUACCACAUUCAUUAAAGUUAAUAGAAUUGAAUUAAUACUUUCAUUAAAGUGUAUGUGCUUUGUUGUUAGUUCUAGUGCAAAACAUGGGUAUUUCAAUAGUAGCCUUACUUGAGGAGUUCCUGCUGUGGUCAAGCAGGUUAAGGAUCUGGCGUUGUCUCUGUGGCAGUGGGGAUUCAAUCCCUGGCUGGCGCAGUGGGUUAAAGGAUCCACCAUUGUCGAAACUGGUGUACAUCACAUUUGCGCCUCAGAUUCGAUCCCUGGCCUGGGAACCUCCGUAUGCCAAGGGUGGAGCCAUAAAAAAAAAAGUAUACUUAAGGAGUUCUCUUGUGGCGCAGCGGGUUAAGGAUCCAGCAUUGUCACUGAAAGGGCUUGGAUUGCUGCUGUGGUGCAGGUUUGAUCCCUGACUUCUGCAUGCCGCAGGCAUGGCUCCCCCCCCACAAAAAAAAGUAGAUUUAAGAUUAAAUAAGAUGGAUGACAGAAGUGGGGUUUAUAAAGGAAGAACCUCCAAGGAGAUGAGAAACUCUUCAACUCAAGUCACUAACAUGAAAGGUGUGGGCCUUCAUCUUCCACUAAAAAAAUAAUCAGCCAGCAAUACUGAUACGAUGUUCUUUCUUUUCUUUCUUUUUUUUUCUUUUUGGCCUUUUAGGGCCACACCCUCGGCAUAUGGAAGUUCCCAGGCUAGGGGUUGAAUGGGAGCCAUAGCCGCCAGCCUGGCCACAGCCAUAGCAAUACCAGAUCCGAGCUACAUCCUCAACCCGUGCUGCAGCUUGUUGCCAGAUCCUUAACCCACUGAAUGCGGCCAGGGAGCCAACCCUCAUCCUCAUGGAUACUAGUUGGGUUCUUAACCCGCCGAGCCACGACAGGAACGUCAAACAAGUCAUUUUUUUUUUUCUUUUUUCAUUUUCGGCGGCCCCACAGCAUAUGCAGUUCCCGGGCCGGGGAUCAGAUCCGAGCCACAGUUGCACCCUGUGCUGUAGCUGCAACAAUGCCGGAUCCUUAACCCACGUGCCAGGCCGGGGGUCGAACCUGCGUUCCAGUGCUCCAGAAAUGCCUCAGAUCCCUUUGUACCACAGCAGGAACUCUGAUACGAUGUUCUUAAGAUAUGUCCCUCUCAGGAUUUGAACUGGUCCAGGUAACCAUUUGUAAAAAGCAAUUCUUACCCAUUUCUUCACAUUUCCCUGGCCAAAAAAAAAAUUUUGUUAUGCUCUUUUAGAAACAGUAAUUCAUGCAGGCCUGUGCUCUGGUCAGAAGAACACUAGCCUAGUCAUUUUGAGACCUGAAUUAAUACUUGGUAAAGUAGAUCGAAAUAACUGGUUCCUUUGUUGUCCCCAUCUGCUUGGUUGAUCAAGCUUUUGCUGAUCAUUUCUGAGGCAAAUGUGAGUUUUGUACGUAGAAUCCAUUGAGUUACAGUUUCAGAUGAGGACUCUGGCAGAAAAAUCAGGUAAGCCCCCAAGGAGUACCACAGAAACAUCUGCUGCUGGCCAGCAGCACUCCAGGUGAGUGCACUUGAAACGUUUUCUGUUAUAUCACUGUAGAGAUAAGUUUGUUAUAUACAUGCACAUUAAAAAGAAAAUUUAAAAAAAUGUUUCCAUGGAGGAAGGUGCUGUAAUUCCUUCUACUGUAAAAGUUAAAUGUGGUUUUAUGUGCCCAAUACCUGAUGCAUAACUUAAUAUUUGAUAUAUACUAUUCAUUCAACAAAUAUUUAUGUAUUGAGCACCUAGAAGAGGACAGAAGCUUCCUCAAAUCAGGUAGAGGUGAGGGCUGCUUACAGUAAACCGCCUGUGGCCCUCUAACCUAUCAGAGGUUAGUUAGAUACAGCUUUCUUGCAAGAACACCAGGUAAAAAGAGUUUCUAUGGACUUCCCUGGUAGGUGGCCUAGUAGGUUAAGGAUCUGAUGUUGUCACAGCUGGGGCUCAGGUCACUGCUGUGGUGCAACCUUGAUCCCUAGUCCAGGAACUUCUACAUGCAGCAGGUGCAGCCAAAAAAAAAAAAAAGCGUUCUUAUGAUUUUGCCUUAUUGUUGCUUAUCAGUGCCUUUUUCUUUCCCAAUACUCCCAUGUUUUUAACCAAGACUGCCCAAAGAUAACAAUAUGAUAGGAAAGCAAAUCUAUGGCUUUCCUCCAUGAAAUCUCUUAAUUAAUAAGAAGAAAAUCAUUUUGUACCUUGGCUAUGCAGAGUAAGAUGUGGCUCUUGAUCUCUAGGAACUCUUGGCGAUUUCUCUAGGCAGACCAGAAAAUGCACCAGUACAAGAGAGUCCUUCGGGAGUGGCACUUUAGCUGCCCCUGGGAAAGACGAGGAAAAGGCUUCCAGGGAGUGAUGGUGAAAUGUGAACUGAGUCAUGACCAAAAAAACAUACCUAGGUGAAGAGGGGGCAGGGCGAUGGGAGCCAGGCUGACGGGAGCCGUGAGAGUGUUUCAGGGUGACUGCAGCCUAGAGUUUCCUUUGGUCUGGAUAGAGAGGCACGGGACCUUCUGUGUUUUUUAAAGGUGUUCAACAAGAGAAAAAUGAGCACACUUGGGCUUUUGUAGCAUCGUUCUGGCAGCAAUGUGGAGGGUGGAUUGGAAGGGAACCGGACCAGACUCAAGGACCAGUCCGAAGGUAAUUAGGGUAGACUAGGCAGAGACUGAACUAGGGCUGGACUAGGACAGUGGGAUGGGGAGCUGGGGACGUAUAUUACUGAGAAAGAUUUAGAGAUAGAAUUGGAGGACUUAGUAAAGAUAUGGAGCUUGGAAGGAGGGAAAAAGCCAAGCUUUUCUUGUUUCUUGCUUGGAGAAUUGGGUAGAAAGCGUGCCAUUCAAUCAGUGAAGGCUGAGAACAGUGGAGUAGGGGCCAGCUGGGGAGAUUGCUUGGGGCCUCUUGAUCCAGGAGAUGUUCACCAGGCAGAUACAUAUCUGGGACUGGAGCUCAGGAAAGAUUGCUGAGUUCACUGAGAUCACUGGCUUAUAAAUGUAGGUUACAACUGCGGAUUUGAAUGACAGGCCACAUUCAUAAUGUGAAAAGAGAACUGAAGAGAGAACUCAGGGAAACAUCAGUAGGUAAAGGGAGGUUGAGAAAGGGAAGUCUGAAAAGGAGGGAGGGUAGGAACACCUUCUAGGAAACAGGGGCCCCAAGAGCCGAGGAAGGAGCAGUAGAGGGCUGCAGAAAGGGCUUCGGGCAGAGCCCACGUUGCCUGAAAGAGUGAACUCCAGAAAUCUGCUUUGCAGAGAAAGAGAUUCAGAAUUAGAUGUUAAGAAAGUAGUAUCAAAGAGUGCUACUAGCAUACUGCUCAAUAUAGGAAGGGAGAUGUAUGUUUCAGAGACUUUGGUGCUCUGGGGAGAAAAAAAAUUCUAAAUUUUUAUUUACUGUUACUAUAUACGAUGAUAUGUUAAGAAUAGGAUAUUUCUGAAGUACGCUUAUCAACAAGAGUCUGCAAUGCUUUAAAUAUCAGUUGGGGAGGGGCAAAAAUAACUUCGUUGGCAGCCCAUUAUGGUCUUCAGAUUAUUUGGGCAGAGUUGGUGCAGAGCACGGGCUCUGUAGUCCAGUGGUCCUGAGUUCCAGACCCGGCCCUUCACUGACUAGCUGAGUGGACACCUGGAAAAGUUUUGUUUUGUUUUGUUUUUAACUUUUCUGAGUCUUAUGUCCCUCUUUUAGAAAGGAAGGGGUGGAGUCUUUUGAUAAUUAAAUUAGUUAACACCUGGAACACAUUAUGGGUACUCAGCAAACACUAAUCUGUAUCACUUUAAUUACCCCCUGUGAUCACAUCAAGCCAGGUAUAGUGCUACCCUCAUGAAUCUCUUAUGUCACUGACAUGCAUGAGUUUUGUUUCAUGUGCCUGUGAACCCUACUUUUGUUUAAAGAUGACAUAGCAACCCCCCAUUUUAGCUUAAGGAAGUAGAUCCAUGGGAAUGGAAUGGAUUACAAUAAUGAUAACCCUUAAAUAUGGGCUAGAGUGAAACUACCACUAGACACCGUACAUGAGUCAAAUGCUGCCCCUCCGCAUUUGAACCGUGAUGCAAGGCUAAUGGCACUCACUUGGUUAGCCGGAGAUUUAGAUAUUAGUGCUAUCACAGGACCACAGAUUUCCCUCUAUAUGUUAAUGUUUUUAUCACAUAGUAAAAAAAAAUCAUUGACAUGCAAAAUGUAACCAUGUAUCCUGCAUUUGUUUAAGAUAAAGAGGAAGGUAAAUUUUCUAGUGAAAAAGGGGUGGGGGGAAUAAUAGACUAAAACUGAAGAUGAGAAUGAAACUGUACCGGCAAGAUGGUCAGUACUCUGAGCGCUGCAUUCAGUUUUGCAGGCCACUUAUCAGAGUCAACCUGUAAUAUAUUGGGUAGUGAAAACAGAGGAUUAAGGGAGUUCCCUUCGUGGCUCAGUGGUUAACAAACCCGACUAGUGUCCAUGAGGAUGCAGGUUCGAUCCCUGGCCUCUCUCAGUAGGCUAAGAAUCCAGCGUUGCUGUGAGCCGUAGUGUAGGUCGAAGAUGCGGCUCGGAUCUGGUGUUGCUGUGGCUGUGGUAUAGGCCAGCAGCUGUAGCUCCAAUUAGACCCCUAGCCUGGGAACCUCCAUAUGCCGCUGGUGCAGCCCUAAAAAGCAAAAAAAGGAAGGAAGGAAGGAAAUAGAGGAUUAGGAAUGAAGUAAGGGAUUGGCACGUAAAAAGAAGGGAAAAUUUAGAGGUUAUAAAGUAAUGUCAUUAGAAGGGAAGAAUUGGGAAGCCACAACUGGGUGCAGUCCAGCCUGAAGACUUAUUUUGUUUGGUGUACAUAGUGAUUUUUUAAACAUUUGAAUCAGAUGCCAAUAUUGCAAUAACAGGAGAUUUUACAUUACAAAAGUUUUUCAGACUUCUUUUGGGAAACCUGAGGGUCUGGGAGCAUCAUGCCCUGUGGCCCAGGUGAGGCCACCCUCCACUUUCCUGUUGUCCCGGGACUGCUCCUGACAGGCAUCCACCUUCUUCCCUUGCUUGCUCUGGCUGCCAGAUGCCUGGCAGAGAAGAAGGGGAUGCAUACAAGAGGGUAGAGCAAAGGAGUGUGCACUUUAAAUGAACUAUUUUCUUGCAAUAAGAUCUGGGACAUGGCAAAAAGUGUCCCAGCUUCUUGUUUUUGGACCGUUCUCAAUGCACACCAGGGAUUCUAUCUUACUUUUUAUAGAGUGGCCUUUCCAAAAUCAUGUCUAUCUCUAUACAAAUACUUAUUGUUUGCUCAUGUUAUCUUCUCUGUAAACAAUAUUUUUCAUCUCUAUACAAACCCUCCCAGGUAGGUGUUGCUAGGGUCAUUUUUGCAUUUUGCAGUUAGACUGCAAAGUACAUUAAGUGGGUGCCUGGUUCAGGCCAUGAACAGUGGAGCACAGCUUGGAAAACCAUGUUUAGGUCUUUGUAGCUAAUGCCCUUCCUACUCUCUACUCCUACCUCAGUAAUUUCUACUGUAGUUAAAACAUGAACUUGUAUGUUAAUGCUUCUUGUCCUAAAAAAAAAAGAUCUCAAAAUUGAGAUUUCAAAAUAUUUACUUUCCUACUUGGUAUGACUUAGAUAUAAAGUUUUGUGCUCUUUUAAACUAUUUGGAAAAUAUGUUCUCCCCUGUAUGACACUGAGGCAUGUCAUAAAUCCAGAAUUGUAACACAAAAUUUGAUGCUUUGUAGUCCUUUUUUUGACUUAAGAAAAACCUCUUUGGAAGAUAUGUACAGACAAGUAUAUAUCUCAUACGUGUAUAGCUCCAUGUAUUUUCCACAAACUGAACACACUCAUAUACUCAACACCCAGAUCAAGGAAGAGCAGAGCAUCAGCUCCCUAGAAACUCCUUUAGCCCUCUUCCCGCCAUUUCCCGUCCCCCUCCAAGGGUUACCGCUAGGCCAACUUGUGAUAGCAGUCUCUAGUCUGUAAAGCAGGCAGUGUAAUCGUAUUCUGAGGGAGACUGAAGCCUCAUGAAGAAAAGUUAGUUUCUUGAUAUUUCCUAUAAGAAAUGUAAAAAGUGCUGCCCUGGCCCAGGCCAAAGACUGUAGCUCCCUGUGCUGGGUCUGACCAGUGAGACAAGGCUCCGUUUGUGGGAGCCAGGCCCGGGCAUUUCUCCACUGAGGUCCUACCACAAGAAGCAUUUCCACUGACUCCUCCAGACCACUUCUUUCCAUCUUCUGUGCUUCUGGUGCAAGAAUGUAUUUACACUUUAUCCUUUCUUUUUAUAAAAUGACAGUAUACUGCUAAUCUCUCCUCAGUUGUUUCAGUUUGAAGGUAAGUGCUGUAUGUGAUCUAAAGUAGUUGUCCAGAUGUACAUAGAUUAAUUUUAAGUGUGCUUAAGUAAGUGCAAAAUGCUCCAAUUGAUGAUGUGAUUUCUACCGCAAAUGCCAUUUUCUAAGAGCUUUCUCAAACUUAGAAAAUGAUAUAGUUCCAACAGUUCAUUGUUAUAGAUUGUUAUUGAGUGAAAUUGUAGCUCAUUUUAAGAGAUGAGUGUUUUGUGUAUUUCUAAAGUAAGAUAAAACUCCAUGUUUCUUUUUUAAUGGCAUGAUAUCCUACAGAUACAUUACUACCGUGGUCAACGAGCACAGUUGGAGUUGAUACAGGUCCUAGAUUAGUCAAACUCUCCGAGUAACGGGUAACGAGGACUUUGAUGGAACACAGCUCACUGACCCUUCCUCUGGGAGAUAAACGGGCAGAGUGUGAAAUUCUCUGUCCCAGGAGCUCUGGUCUUUCUGGUUGGCCUUCAUAUAUUUACAUGUAUGAAUACCUGUGUAUAUCAGGCCAAGUCUUCAAUCUAGGAAUCUUGCUUUCCAUUCCCUUCCAAAGUAAAAUGAUCUCUGAUCAUGUUAGCUACUUGUAAUGUGCAUCUGGCUAGCCAUAAUAUUAAGUCACUUAGAGGGGAAAUCAUGCAGAAGAAAAAGAAAGCUUUAGAAGGUCUUCGUAAAUGGUAGCUAUCUUGUCGUUAACCCUACCCAACCUAAGCAUGGAGCACGUCCUUUGAUAUAACCCUCUACCUUGGUACCAAGUUCCCCUCUCCUGCAUUCCCCUCCCAAGUGCACAGUGCCUCAUGACCUUGACUAACCUAAGUUCAGCUCGCCCAGAGUAACUUCUGAAACUCUUUUUUAAAUCUCAAGGCUUCACUUCUGGAUUGCUUGUCCUCAGUGGGAAUGCUGUCUGGCCAUAGCCUUAGUGCCACUGGCCUGAGGAUGCCACUUGUAUCUUUUACUAAGGUGUGAAAUAUAAACACAUUCUUUCCCUAGCCUGAACUCUCACAUUUUUAUUUUUGCCAAAAAAAAAAAGGUGAGUUAAUAAUUAGGGGCAUUCUUUUCAAACUACCCAAUGAAGAUUCUUUUGGGUGUCAGGCGUCUCCUUAACCGAAUAGCCACCAGGAAGGUGACUGUGAGAAGCUGGUUACAGUGUUGAAGGGAUUUAAAGGGCACAUAAGGCUUCAGGCAAAUAUGGCCAAGGUGAAGUUUGUAAAAACAUUCUUCAAGAGAGUGGAUGGCACAGAUUACUUACUGUGUCACCUAUUUUAGGGGUUGUUAUGCCUUUAGUGAAACACAUAAAUGAAAAGCAUAGGAAAAAUAUCCAAUAAGGAGUCCAGUCUCCUAAUGACAAAAACUAAGCAGUAUUCCACCCAAAAUAUGAAAUGGCAAAAGAAAAAAAAAAAAACUCAAUAUAGAAUAAAGGAUAAAACUAAUAUUUUCUGCCUUUACUUAAUAAGCAUUACAUGAUUUAUUACCAGUGUAUCAAGUCCAUAGACAGGCUGUUUUAUAAUUUGGAUUUGCUGGACAGGAGCCAGAUGGACUAAAUUCUGCCGCUCUUCAGCUUUCCAUCUGCUUUAGGUAACUAAGAGCAGACCAUUUAAACUGCCUAUGGCCCUUUAUCUUUUUCCCAGAGUGUAAGUAAUUAUAGUUACCUUUCUCUUGUGAAUAUUGUUGAAUUGUACUUCUAAAGUGAUUUUAAAUCCCUUUGUUUUGGAAAAUGAACAUAAUAUAUAGAUGUGAUUGUUAUAAUGUUACUCUAGAUGGAAAGAUUUUUAACUUCUCUAAGAUUCACAAGCAUUCUUUUGAGACAGCCCAGAAAGCGUUUUGUUUUUCCACUUUAACUUUACCAUAGGUGCACAAAGAACUCUGGGAACCCUAGUCGUUGAAAAUGUUGAAGUAGAACAACAUGCGUGAAAUCCUUGGUAAUAUAGUAACUCGAUAUGCUGCGUGGAUUAUGCAGUAUUUUAUUUCUUUGACUCUAAUAUUUGAAUUCAUGGUCGUUGUGUUCUUUGAGAUAGCAUAAAUUAUUUAUAGCAGCCAUAUCAAAUCUUUUUUUAAGGAAAUGUUAAUUCUUCCUUGAUUAUCAAUUUUUUCACAGGAUCAGGAAUCUUCAGAACAUGAAGAAUCAGAAGACGUGGAUGAGGAAACGGAGGACUGUCUAGAAGACAAGAAGAAAGCCAUAGGAGAUAAUAAAAGUGCUCCUAAAGACGACCACAGUGAAACCCCCAACAGAUCAAUUGAAAAGGUAUUGACAGCCAUUGAAAAGGGCCAAAAAGCCAACCAAGAGGAACGGGCCGUUCAUGAAUACAAUGAAAAUCCAAAAGGAUACACACAUGAUAGUGCAAAGAGCGUUUCUUCAGAAAUCCUGGAAGAUAGUGAAUCAACGCCAAAUAAAGACAUGAAAAAAUCGACGAAGGUUUUCCUCUUUAAAAGGAUGUCCUUGACAAGUCAGAAAAGUAUGGAGAAUAUUGAGCCACUCCCAGAAAUAAAACCAGUAGGAGAUCAAAUAGUUUUUAAAAGAAAUAA